AUGUGUACGAUUCCUGAGCGACUCUCCGCUUCAGCUACACUAACGCACCCGUGGCUUAUACAAUCAGCUCUGUGUACCGAGCUUCAUGUUACCAAGACUAAGCUGAAGAGAUACGUUAUCAAGAAACGAUGGGCAAAGGCAGUUGCCGCCGUCAUUGCCCUGAAAAGAAUGGGCGCGAAGUUUGAAGAUGUUCAUGAAGAGAAAGCAGAAAAGGCGUAA